AACUGAGUUCAAGUUUUGCUUUUCUAAACCAUCCAGGUACCUGUAUUUUCUGGUAUUCUUUUUUUUCGCCGAAUUCGAAGACCCCAUAGUUUUGUGUCGAGGGCCAGGGGUCACUUCAAUUUGCUGAGAUUUCAGUAUGAAAAAAAUAUGUUUUUCGCUUGAAUCAACGGUUUUCGUCUAGAUCCGUCCUUCUUAUUCUGUGAGCAAUGGAAGGUAAUUACCCCCCUGGUUACUACCUCCCUGAAAGGGAUCAACAAGAAAACAGACAACAGCAACAACCGCCACCACAGCAGCAACCACAACCACAACAGCAACCACAGCAGCAGCAACAUGUUGCACACUAUCCCUUUGAUUUGCCAAUACCAUACCACACGUCCUCUCAGCAUCAGUCUGAGUAUAUGGGGGACGAUCAACCGACCAGAGUUUUCCCAGUACCACACCCAGGACCUAUGGCACAAAUGUUCAGUCCAGUAUAUCAUGAUUCUGGCCCUGUUCAUUCAUCUGCGAAUCAUUUGCACCACGCUCAUCUUCAGCGACCAGUCGCUUUUGGGGGUCAUGGGGUCAAGUUCUCAAGCCUGCCAGCAAGCUAUACCCCACCUAUUACUGCCCAAGAACCAGCUGUAGAAAGAAAUGACGUGCCAGUGUCACUGACAACUUGUGUGCCAGUUGUAGAGAGAACCGACUUGCCCACCACAACGCGAGAAUCAGUCAUAGACAUUCCACCCAUCUCAAUGCGUGAAUCACCUACAGAUAGCUGCAUUCCGCCCACCACAAAACAGGAAUUGGCCGAAGACAGCUACAUGUCGCCCUCUACAGCUCAUGAAUCACCUAUAGAUAGCAGUAUUUCACCCACCACAACACAGGAAUCAGUUGAAGAUAGCAGCAUUCCAGCUACCACAACCAGCGAACAAGUUACUGACAGUAUAAACAUUGAGCCUGUCGCAACUUCAGAAGUAGCUAUGGAUGACGACAUUCCUCCUGCCAAGAGUUGGGGAACGGUUGAAGAGAGGAGCAUCCGGCUUGUGACAACUCAUAAACCACAAGCAGAGGGCAACACAUUAAGGGCACAAGAUACUGGACCAGGUCCUUCUAAGCAGGCCCAGACCAAGGAGCAGAGCGAGGAAUGUCAGACCUCACCACAUCUGUCUGAUCCAACACCACCAUCUCCAAGCAGCUCGGGGUCGGAACCACAGCUGUUCGCUGCACUAAAUCUCAGAAAGACCAGCGCCAUUACAGAUCUACCGCUAUCUCUCUCAUUAAGAGUGCCAUCGCAGGAUAAAGUGGAGGGAGUGAUCGCCAAGGAAACAAUAGAGAAGGGGGUGGAAUUUGGACCCUAUAUCGGGACGCUGAUGAACGAGGAGCAGGGUCUGGUGAAGAAUACAUCAUGGGAGCUUUGUAUCACAGGGAAAGUGUUCUUCUAUAUUGAUGGACGUAAGACGUGGAUGUCUCAUCUAAGAUGUGCGCAGAGGGAGGAGGAACAGAACAUGGAAGCAUAUCAGUACUGCGGCAAUAUCUACUUCCGAAGCACAAAGGUCAUUGAACCAGGAAGUGAACUAAGAGUGUUCUAUAGCGAGGAUUAUGGAAAGUGCGUUGGUAUUCAGACCACACUAAAUGAUCUUCAAUUUGAUGAAGAUGCACAGAAGUUCCAGUGUAGCCUGUGUGAUGGUCUGUUCACAUCUGCCAAACUAAUCCUGAGACACAUCAGAUGUGAACACAACAGUGGAGAUGAGAUGAUCCCCGUGCUGACUUGGAAGAAAAAAAGGAAGAAGAAAUAUGUGGCAAUUGAGGUCAGCUCCAAACAGCAGUUGGCAACACAGAUAAAAGUAAGCGACCAGGAAGAAUCCGCCUUCAAGUGUGGAACCUGUAAGAAGGUCUUCCCCUCCUUUGGCAGACUGAUGGCGCAUGAGUUAUUCCAUGAGAAGGAACAAGCAUCUCCAGUAAAUGUUAAAGAUUCCCUAACCGUUACAAAACAGAUGAAACCGCAAGGUUCCAAACAGUACGUGUGUAGUGAAUGCACCAAAGAGUACAAGUCAUGGCGUUCGCUCAAUCGGCACGAGAGGGAAGCUCACGGGUAUCGAUGUGAUUUCUGCUUAGAAAGAUUCCCUAAAAAGAAAGACUGUUUGACACAUGAGCAGACGCACCAAGCUUUCAAGUCAUCCCAACCUGCUGGAAAGUCUAAGGCGUCCCCCACAAAGAGUCGGGCGGCAUCUACAGGCAUUCAGCCCUCCGAACCAGCACCUGAUGAGCCUAAGGAUAUGCUUGGUAGACCUACCGAUUACUACAAACGCCCUUAUAAGUGUCGCUUUUGUACAAAGAGAUACAGCUCACGGGGCACUGCCGAGCGCCAUGAGAAAGAGGUUCAUAAGGGAGAGGGGGAUUUCAAGUGCAGUUAUUGUACAAAGGUUUUCGCCACUGUCAGCCGUUUGAAAGACCACCUUGUGCUGCACAAGUAUGUGAAUAUGUAUCGCUGCGCAGAAUGCCCAAGAAGCUUCGCAUCGGAGAGCGCCCUGAACAACCAUCAAGGAGAACAUACCGGACUGAAACCAUUCAAAUGCGAAGUCUGUGGUAGAGGAUUCAGAACUAGAAAGUUAGCCCUUAAACAUAAGCGGCGCAUCCACCAAGAACGCCCUAAACGUUUCCUUUGUACCUUCUGUGAUAAAGGGUUCGCUGAUAAAAGCGAUUGGAAAGUACACGAAAGACGCCACAAGGGCAUUAGGCAAUAUGUUUGCUUAGAAUGUGGUAAAGGGUUUACGUCAAGCACUUCCCUCGCUGCCCACAAACAAGCCAUGCAUAUCAAGGUCAAACCAUUUUCUUGUGCAGUUUGCAGUAAAAGCUUUGCCUUGAAUCAUCAAUACAAUCAUCACAUGGCCAAGCAUAGGCUAGAGGGAGAAGGUAAUGCACUUGCCAGCAUGCAACAGUCAUGAAUCAAUUCCAUGUUUAAGAAAUAGCUGUAUCAUAGGCUGCAUAAGUAGCAUCAAUUUUAAGAACGAUGUGGACAAAAUUUAUUUCAGAAACAUUCGCAUGUGUUUGUUAUGAAGGAUUUUAAGACAACAUGUUGUGAAUUGUAAGUAAACUGUAUACGUAUUGUUAAACUGAGUAUUCAAUAGCUUUCAGAAUUUAAAGAAAAGAGGAAACUUCUACUUCAGAAUAAGACAGUGAUGGAUGUUAGCUAUUCAAAAAUAAGCAACAACAACAACAACAAAUGGGUUCCAUUUUGUGAGGUCUAGGUAAUUUCAGCAUGUCUCGCUACUUUUCAGGGAAGGGGGGGGGGGGUAGAGACAAUCAUGAAUAUUGUAAGUGGCAGAAAUCUGAAUAGAGUCUAAUUCUAACUCAUUACUUCAAAACAGUUUGGAAAGGUACAACAGUAUUCAUGGAUAUUGUCAAGACUGCUAUUAUGUAAUAAUUUAAAAAUCUCUAAAACAAAAUGUGUAGCAUUCUUCAAAUAAGGUUCUGUUUGACUGAAAUUUCUUGUCUAAAAAAUGAAGAGAUUAUGGUGUGCCACAGGGUCCACUGUUUGGACCUUCUGUUUUUCUGGGUAGAUGAUUUUAAAUUUAAAUUUCCUAUUUAUAAUUUGAUAUUUCUUGCAAAUUUACAAGCUUUUUUUCUUCAUAUAUAACCUUGGUAAAUCCUUUUAUUGCUGCAUUUUACCAAUCUUAUUAAUUAGUCAAUAACUGAAAAUAUGUAUUUUGACAAAAAUCCAUGUAAAAAUAUACAAAUUCCCAAAUUGUAUAGAAAACUAUGGUUUUGACAAUUCCAACAAGUUGCCCAUGAGGCAAGCAAUCAGUUUUAUGCAUAUUUCCCUCUGUAAUAAUUCCCUAGCAUCAAAAUCCAUAUAGAAAUGCAAUAAUGUUCGACACAAAGUAUGCAGAAUUUGUCCUACUUAGCAUUUAAUAUAGAUGUAUAUUUGUUAGGAUUCUGAAAAGUUUUUGAGCCAAACUACAACAAAGUUGGGUAGAUGUCCUGAAAGGAUUGAAGAUAAAUGUAUGUAUUAUAGAAGAAAUCAUGUUAUUAUGAAUAUUCAAUGAAUUUUAAAUGUACAUGAUCUGUAUUCUUAUUGUUUUAGUGCAUUUAGUCAAUCUUGUGAAGCGUGAAAAUUAGAUCUUUCUUCACAAUAAGUCAUUAAAAAUUUCUUCUACUGAUCGUGAAGAAAGAACUUAAACAUACAAGACUUAUCUCCUCUUCAGUGGAUCUUGUGAAUUUUGAAGCAGCAAUAGUGCUACCUUAUUGCCCAGAUCUUUUUGAUCUGUUUCUCUCUCUGUAAUCUCUGUAUUAUUCAUUCAUUAUUGUGUACAUGUUUUACAUUCAUAUAUUUAUAUUCUUGUUCUUGUUCUUGAAUUCAAGCAACUGAUUAUAAAAUGUUCUGUAUUUCUGUAACAAUACAAAGUUUUGCGACAUGAUACUUUCAGUAAUUAUUGACAACAGCCAAUUUUCAUGAAUUUGCAAUUUUUUUGUUUUAUGACAUGUCAAAUUAAUGUAGUUUAUGAUGUUAAACUUUAUGAAUCAACACCAAUUACAAAUUUGGAAAUGUUUCUUACACCUGAAACGGAUAGUUUCUGUUUUGACAGCAACAGUACUGUGGUUUAAAUGAGACUUUUUAACAUCUCCUCAAAGUAACAUUAUAUGGACUAUGUUGCAAUUUCUGGUUUCUUUUAGAUGUACUUAAUCUGAAAUUUUGUCUACAUUUAAGUUACUGUUCUUAAACUGUUUCAGAACUUCAGACUCACAACACAAAUUCAAUCACACUUGAUACAGCACUGAGUUUGUUAAAGUGUGUUGCUCUGAAGAUGAUGUCAUUUACAAUUUGCAAGUAUUACAUGUAUUCUGUUGUAGGAAAAUAUAUAUUGAAGCAAUCAUAUAGUGGAAAUAGCUUUUCAGCUCUUAGGAGUCUUAGGCUUAUGUUAUGGUCAGUAGUUAUUUACUUGCUUGGAUUUACUUAAAUGUAGGGAAGUAAAGCUUAUAGCUUAUUUGCCCCUCGUCACAUUGGGUAGUCUGUCUCUAAAGGGUGAAAACUUAAUUGGAUCGGUUUUCCAGUGCGUCUCAACAACAGAUUUGAACAUUAUUUAAACAUAUUUGUGGCUUACACCCAGUAAAUAAGAUCGAUUGAUCGAUCUGUAUUGAAAAACAAGUCAGAAAAAAUCUCAGAACCAGCGGGACU